AUGUUGGUCAAUACAGUCCUUCUCGUAGCUUCUCUGACCAUCUUCUCCAUCUUCGGCUUUGCUUAUUCUCGACCCGAAACUGACUCUGGAGCAUUGUCACCCAUACACAGUAAGAGACAUGCUAUCUCAGGACAAAGAUUGAGUAACGCCGAAAGGAUCGCCAAAAGCGCCACCCUUCGCCCUCGUCAAUCUCAACCGCCUCAAACACAAGCAUUCCACAUCGAAGCAAGCAGACUGAAUUCAAAUCCUCCCCAAGUCGGUGGGUGGCUAACGUUUGAUGAUGACAAUGGUGUGGUAAUUUCACCUUUAAACGGCAGUCAAGCUUCAAGAGUAGUCUUCGAAGUUUCGAGUCCACUGUCCGCUGUAGGAGUCACCAUCAAAGCUAGAAAUGCCAUGGAUGAUGGGGAUUUUCCAAUCGUUACCAGGGAUUGGGGGAAUCCCGAACAAACUAUGAGUACUAGAGGUAAUCAGUGA